UUUUCAUAACGCUUGCAAUAAACAUUGUCUAUGAUUGUUAUUUCACUUUGGUACUGAUGUCGAAAUAACAGUGAAAGUUAUUAGAAAUAAUAAAAUCUUUACGAAAAUGAAUAAAUUAAAAUCGUCACAGAGGGACAAAGUGAAGAAAUUCGUCGCGUUCACACAGACGAGUGAGACCACGGCGAUAUAUUGCUUGUCUCAAAAUGAUUGGAAAUUAGAUCUGGCCAGCGACAAUUAUUUCCAAAACCCUGAGGCAUACUACAAGGACCCUGUAAAAGCGUCCGUCGACAGAAAAAAGUUAGAUCAAUUAUUUAAUAAGUACAGAGACCAGCAGGAGGCAGAUAAGAUCACAGUGGAUGGGGUAAUGAAGUUCUUAGAAGAUUUAAAUCUUAGUCCAGAAUCAAUUUUAGUUUUGAUAAUAGCGUGGAAAUGUAAAGCUGCAGUGCAGUGCGAGUUUACUAAAGAUGAGUUCUCGAUGGGUUUGCUGGAGCUGGGAGCGGAUAGCAUAGAAAAAUUGAAAGCGAAACUACCAACGUUGGAGUCUGAAAUAAAGGAUACUAACAAAUUCAAAGACUUCUAUCAUUUUACGUUCAACUAUGCUAAGAACCCUGGGCAGAAGGGUUUAGAACUGGAUAUGGCAAUAGCCUAUUGGAAUAUUGUGCUCCGUGGGAGGUUUAAAUUUUUGGAUGCCUGGUGCAAGUUUCUCAUGGAGCAUCAUAAGAGAUCAAUACCAAAAGACACCUGGAAUCUGCUACUGGACUUUGCCACCCAGAUUGAUGAUGGCAUGAGCAACUACGAUGCCGAAGGUGCAUGGCCCGUACUCAUUGAUGACUUCGUGGAAUGGUGCCAGAAACAAGGCCUCACGGCAGAUGCGGUUAAAGCACUCGAGCCAGCGUCCGGCUAGCUGACAAUCAUAGGCUUUGAGCACUAUGACGAAGACCUUUUGUACGCUGGCAUAGAAGCCAUUACACCUGAAGGUGGCUUCUUGAAAAAGAUUAAAGCGUGCAUUAUCUUUAUUGUGUCUCGUUUGGUGCUCUAUAGUCUAGAGCUGUGUACAGUCGAGUGGCUCAUCGUUCUCAUACUGUUGGAGUUGUGUAGCUGACUGGAUUGUGACGUGUUAUACUGAGUUAGAUAAUAACUGCCGCAGAAGCCUAUAGUUUUUAGAUAAGUCAGUCUUGAGUUUACUUUACUGUAUAGAGCUCUUGCACUAUUCGUCCGAUAUGAAAAAUUUUCGUGUAGACUCUUGUUGAUCCAGUUCGUACCUCUUCCAGGGUAACAUUAAUGGGAUAAUGGUUCCUCAAUGGUAACAAAGUCCUCGUAAGAGAUAGAUAAAUGUUUUUUCAAAUUUUUCAAAGUUCUCUUACGUUAUAGAAUAGUAUGCCGUCAAGUAAAUUAAGCUGUAAAUAUGUAUAUACACAUUAAUGAUAUUACUUUUUUUAGUAUUAAAGCUUAGAAUUUUUUUCUGUUUGAAUUUUAACAGCAGCUACAAUACAGAUUGUUUUAAAAAGCAAAAUAAUGUGAGCAUCCAAUCAUAUAAAUAACUAGAUCAAAGUCAAACAAGAUAAAGAUUUGGUAUAAAUUAUUUUAUUUGCUAAUUAAUUAUGUUUAGCAGGAGUUUUGUUUAACAUUUUAAAUAAAUCAGAUGUGCAAUUUAGAUUUGAUCAUAAUAAAGGUGCAAUUUUAAUUAAUUGUUGCAAUUAUUUACGAAAUUCCUGCUAUAUGUAUAAGCCUAGUUCAGGCAACGUUUAAGGUUUUUAGAUUAUGGCCUGUUGAAUUGUUCAAAAAUAACGUAAAUAUAUUUACGAUUUGAGAAUAUAAAGUUUCAACAUUUCUUAAUACUUACUAUUUUCAAGAGUACUGUUAGCAUGAUCUGUGAUUUCUGAUCUAUAGGUAUUACAAGCUUUUGUCUUGUAAAAGAACAACUUACCAUAAGACUAUUUAAUACUUUUAAAGUGUUUAUUUAAUACUUGCCCUUCAACUGUGAGUUACAAUCAUAUUAAUCAUAAUAUUCAUUUGUUCAAUUAAAGUUUU